ACGCCACGCCGCCCCAUCAAACAGCCAAGUUCUCUUUCACCCCAAGCCUAACUACGAGCAAGGGUCUGGGUCCACUACUAAGCCGAACUUGCAUACAUAAGUACUCGGUCGUCCAUCCCCCUCCCUUCUCUUAUCCUCACUAGAACACAACACCUUUCACAACGAAACUCCUGCACAUUCAAAAGGCCCUGCCCAAACGGCUUCCCUACGACUUCUUUUUACAAGAUCUUACACGACUCGUCCACGCAAAAUGCCUCUCGUAGUCCCCGGUAUCCAGUCCAAGGAUGGAAACUCCAAGGAGGAGUGGAUGACCAAGCUCAUGGGCAAGAAGAUUGGCGAGAAGCAUGAUGAAGUGACCUUUGCAAAGACCGAUCUCCCAGAGCAGCACCGCGUCCUCAGACCCGACUCGAUGAAGACUAUGGAUUUCAAGCCAGACAGGUUGAACGUACACGUUGAUGAGGAUGGCACCGUCAAGGAUGUUACUCACGGUUAAGAAAGAGGUUGCUGCACAGCAACGGCUUGAUAGUUCUGGAGGAUGAGGCAUAGUUGCGUGGAUGUGGUUAAUGAAAGAUGGAACACGGGCAUGUGUACCCAGAGGCUGUAAUAGAUGACACUGAUGAAUCAAAGUCACGAUUGUUCACAAUACAACUAAGGUGUGUAUGUAUGUGUACAUCCAA